GUUAACCAGUCAUAAGUAUCCCGUAAACGCACAAAUUUCUAACCGCAGAACCAGUCGUACAAAUCUCUUAAAACCGCUAGAAACCGCAACCACUCGCAUCCGCAAACUCCCGCAACCGCAACUGCAACCGCUGCGGUUAAACCAGUCAGGCCCUAAAUCACAUGUUGGUAUCAGUAUUCAGACAACUUAUAACAAUGCUUAUACAUUUAUUGUUGACAUUUGCUAAAUUGGAUAAUAAUGUGUCGAAUGUUAUGUUGUUGCUUCUGCCCCAAGAAGAAAAAGCAGCGGGAUGUGAAAAAAGGAAAGAAACAUGGAGGCCUUGUUGUUGUAAAGCCGACUAAACCCAGUGCUGGCUUAGAUAAUAGAUAGCAUGGCUAUCAAUGUAAUCACCCCGGGACACACAGUUAAAAGCCUAAAUUUUCAAAAUUUAUUUUAAUCGGAUAAUUUUAUAAAUAAAAUCACUUUUAAUGAUAAUUUUUAGAUAUAUAUAUAUAUAUACAUUUUUUUUCUUCAACUAAAGUUUCUUUUUAUCUAACUAGAUUUAUUAUUAAAAUUUAAUAUAAAUAGUUUUAAAAUACCGUAAACAUUUUUGGGAAAAAACCAAAAAUUUAUUUCUAAAAGAUUAGUUUUGCUCAAUUAAUAGAUUCCACAUUUAUUUUAGCUGGUCCUAAAAAGCGUCGGAAUAAAAGAGUAAAAGCAUGGCUGUGCCUUCAUUUAUGCAAAAAGGCAUUUGCUUUGGGCCACUCAAUUUUGUAAAACUAACGAUUCCGCCUUUAUUAGAAAAUAUUUGAUUUAUUUAGAUAAAAAUGAUUUAUGUUGAGUUUUUUACCUCUAUAUAUAGAUAGUAUGAUUAAAGGUUAUGAUUUAUAAUAUUAUUUGAAGAAAAUGUAUGUAUUAUAAUAUCUUUAUGUUAACAUUUUAGAUUGACAGGCUAAUAUCAUAUGAGUAAUAAUUAGUAUGCAAAAUAAAUUAAUUUUCUUAUGGACAUUUUAAAAAUACUAUGGUAAAUCAUUUGUUAAAACAAUUCCAAAAAAUAUUGUACGUUGUUUUCAAUGAUACUGAAGUUUUGAAAUAUAGAAUAUCGUUUCAUAAUAAAUAAAAUUAAUUAAAGUUAAAUCACGUUUAUAAAUAAAAUAAAACAUUUGGUAAAAAUUUACAAUCGUCUUAGGUCCCUCAGUCUAGGCACGGCACUGAGUAGAGGUAAGGCGGCAGAGAAGUGAGGUAGAGACGUCCACAGUGAAAUGGUGGUGGUUGUGGUGCUGGAGGCAGCUGCGGAGGUGGAUGCGGUUGAAAGAUGAUAGUUCGAUAAUUUGUUUUGUAAUGAUAACUUCUUGUGUUUGUGACUUAUUUUAACCUACUUUUUUGUUAGAAUGGAAAUCGAAUAUUAUACAUUACCUACGCAAUAUAGACGGCAUCAUGUAUUUAUUUUUAUUCUAUUAAAUUACUAUAUAAUUUAGUUAGUUUCAUGUAUUCUAUGCGAAGACAAAGUUCUGGGAAUUGAAUUUCAAAUGAAUCAUUUUAAGUUAUGCUACUGAAUCCAUAAAUGAUUUAUUGUUGAUGCACAAACUUUUAAUUCUAAACAUGGUACUCCUUAUUUGUGUUUUUGUUCAAGUUGUAUCUAUCCUCCUAUUAGUUUAACUCGUUAAUUUAUGUUGAUCCUUUAUUUCUCAUAUUUAGUGGAAAUAUUAGUAUCCUCUAAUAAAAUUUAGUUAAAGUUAGUCAUUUAGACUAAUUAAAUAAUAAUAAGCUGGUAAAAUUAAAAUACUAAGAAGCUUUAAAGUUAAAAAAACUUAACUAUGCCAAAUUAAUGGUAUGAAAAUUAUCAGAAAUUUAUUGUAUUAUAGAACUCGACAUAUUUAUUUUCUAAACAUAAUUUAUUUAAUGAAUACAAAGAAUAGUUUAUCAGUGUAUGUAUUGUCAUGGACGCGCUUUGGAAUGACUUUCAAUCAUCCAACCUAUUUAUGGUGAUCUCAUUGUAUAGUUGAUUCUUCAUUGUUUAUACAUUUUGAUAUACCCACAGACCCGUAACAGCUGACUUACUGAAGAUUAGUUCUUUCAGACUUAAUCUUUGAGUUUAUGGUCAAAGAAACAAAGUGAUUAAGUUGUCACGUACGUUUUUUUUUCUUGGAAAGAAAAAGUAAUCAAGAAGAAGAUGUCACACUUAUUAAUUAUUUUGCUAGUACAUUUGAAAUUCCUUUGCAAUUGCUUGUAAUUUUCAUAAACAAUUUAAAAUGUUUAGAGUUAUGCUAUAACCUUCUAUACAUUUUCAAAGUAUACGACAACUUAGAUCUAUAUAAAAGGCCACCAAAAGUCAUAAUUUUGCAUUCAGUUUCCAAAAGAAAAAAGAAAAGAAACAAUGAAAGGUUACAUUAUUGCUCUUAUAGUAUGUGCCUGCGUCGCUAUAAUCGCGGUUGUUCUUAUCUUAUGUUGUCUUCAAAACCGCAAAAAGAAAAAAACGUGGUCUCCUCCACCGCGUCCGCCGGUAAAAGACGUUGAAAAAGGUAGAAGCAGUGUCGCAAGAGAUGGAGGGCUUGUUGUUUUGACAGGCACCGCUGUCACCACAGCCGUUGUAGCUACGGCUGUAACCACCGGAACCGCCGAUGAAAUUAGUGGUGGUGGAGGAGGCGGGGAAGGCGGAGGAGAAUGUGAUGGUGGUGGAGAUGGUGGAGGAGGAUGUGGAGGUUGCGGUGGUUGCGGUGGUUGCGGCGGUUGUGGCGGGUGUGGAGGUUAAAGGCUGUAUAGUUAUUAGUGACGUAAUAGUGAAUUUGCAUGCAAGGUUUUAAAUUGUGAAUGUAAGGUUUUAAGUGUGAUCUCCUUAAUGAGAUAAAAAAAUUGUAAUCAUAAUUAAUGGGAUUGUAAUAAGGUGAAUAUAACCAUUAUAUAUGUAAUCUAAAUUUUAUGGUUUUCUAGAUAAUUUUUUUUAGUAUAACUAGUUACUACUGAGAAAGUCUUGUAUAUUAAAUCUUCAAAUACAACUUUGAUUACUCAAAAAUUAACUACGUAAUGAAAAAAAAAAUUAACUACGUAAACGGAAUGCCUUCUUAAAAAGUUAAUUUCAAUUUUUUUUUUUGCUUUUGUUUUAACCAUAUGUAAUGUAGACUUAUACCACCAGACUAAUUUUUGAAGGAGAAUAUAAUCGUUGAAUACCUCACUUUUCAGACUUUUAAAUAUAUUUAAACAUGCAUGAUACCAUUUCAAUUGGCAAAAUGGAAGUUAAAAAUGAUUCAAGAAUGAUUAAUGUCUCCAUCAUGACUUUGCUAUAUAGAAGGGGUAAGAAAAUUGGAAAACUAUGUUUCAUAAUGUCAUUUUUGUUCAUAAGAAGAGGCACCCUAAUAAAUGUACUGAUAAAUUAGCUAGGAAGGCUAUAAAUAUUAAUGUGGAAUGGAUGUGGUUCCAUUGUUGACUUGUUGUCCUUCCCUUUUAAAACAUCUUGUAACAUUGUAAAGAUGAUAUUAAUCAAUAAAAAGUUUUUAGUCGAAAAAGAAUAUCAGUCGAGUCAAAGGAACAAAAUAAAAGGUCAUAGUGCUAAAUUUUGUUGUAUAAGAAGUAAAUAAUAAAAAGAGAGUGGUACAGUAUGUAUGUUAUUAAACUUAACUAGAUCUCGACCCGCACAACCGUGCGGGUGUUAUUUGUUAUUUUUUAUACUUCACAAUUAUGGUUAGUCAUAUGUUUUGAUGGUUCGAAAUGUUAUAUGCAUUGAUGUUAUAUGCAUUGAUGAAAUGUGUUAUUGAUGUUUAAACAACUAAGUCUAAAUAAAUGAUUUGGAAUUUGGAGUUUUUUUCAACUUUAUUAUUUUCAAGUAUAUUUGAUUAUGAAACAUACAAUUUGGAUAAUUUUUAUAUUAAUACAUAUAAGCUAAUAAAGACACAAUUUUCAUAGUUUAGAAUUUGAUAUUUUUUAUAUAGAUAAUAAUUUAUUUGGUGAUAAUGUAAGUAAUAUAUUUAAAUUGUUUAUGACAAAAUCAAAGUUAUAUAUUUAUAAUUUAUUGUUUCAAAUUAUCAGUGGUAACUCUUUAUUAAAACAUGGACACUAAUUAAAACCUUAACUCUCAAUUUAACAUUAAAUUAGAUAUUUUACUAAAGGUAUACUUGUAUUUUAGAUUUAGUCAUACAUAUAUGUUAAUCAGAUUAUUUGUAUGAUCUAAAUUUUUAACUCAAUAACCUACGCUAAGUCUAAUUAAUAAAAGUCCACUUCAUUUAAAUUAUUAUAAAAAAAUUGUAGAAAUUAUUAUUUCUUAUUCUAUAAAAAAAUAAAUUAGUAUUCAUUUAUAAUAACAUUUAAUAUUAACUACGAAUAUUACUAUUUAAUAGUAAAUUUUUAAAUAAAUAAAGAUACUUAAAUGAAAAUGAAGAUGUAUUAAAAUGUAAUCUUAAAAAGAUAUUUUUAGAUAUUUUAUUUUAAAAAUAUUAAAAUAAUAUGUUAGCUAGAUUAUAUUUAAUAAUAACUAAGUUAGUUGUAGAAGAAAUAAAGGAAUUUAAAUAAAUGUAGUGGUCCAACAUUGUUAUUAAUUAAACUUUGAAUUCUUGAUUUUAUGAGUGAUUUUUAUAUUCUUACAAUUAAAUAUUUUAUUCCCAAUAUAUCUUAUAUUAAAAUUAUUUAACGUAUUUUGUUUUAAAUGUAUUAAAACUUAAUUUACAUAUAUUAAAUAAAGUUAUUUGUUAAUAUUCUUUUAAAAUAAAAUAUGCAAAGUUUGGAAACCAUAAUUCUAUAGCUAAGAUAUUUUUUACGAUACCAAAAUUUUAAAAUUUUGCCAAAAUCAAAUUUUCAAAAAUAUUUAUUUUUCCGUUAAAAAGUAACGAAUGUUUACCAUACAUGUAAGUUGGCUUUGGUUUAUUGAUUUAUAACCACACUAUUUUGGAAUUGGUUUACUUAAAUAGUGAAUUGCUUGUGGUUAUGUUCCUUUGUGCAGAGACUUCAUAUAUGAUUGAUAACAUAUAAAUUUACAUAAUGUUGAACUUCUAGACCUCUCUCUGAGCUUCUUUCAUUAUUCUCAGUCACAAAUCCAAACCCACGACUCUGGUCGGUUUUUCUAUAUAUUGUAUAUAUCUCUUGAACUAAACAAAUGUAAAAAGAAAGAAUAUUCAAAACCAAAAGUAUGAAAGUUCCAUCUAAUGUUAAUAUAUGUAGAUAUAUUCAAUCCACACAAUUCUGAACACUGCAAUAACUAUUUCAAACCAGAGAUGCUCCGACUGUUCCGACUUUCUCAAAGAGCAUAGCUAAAGCCUGGCUGUCAGCAUCAUAAGCCAAAUUUUCAACGAACAGCUUUGCUUCUUCCAGUGGCUCCAGGAAUUCGCCACCUUCACUCACAUCUCCUUCCUCAUUUGAAAACGUUGCGUUUGGGUCAAUUAUCUCCUCAACAUGUAAAUAUGUUAGCUGACAAAAACUGUGGCUAAGAAGUUACCAUUCGUUGUCAUUUUUGUAGCCUGCAGAAUGUAGAAGCUUUCUUCCCUGCUGGGCCAUCACUUGAGCUAUUGAACAUCGGUGAAGUUUCAAACUUUGAACGUACAGAACCAUAACCAAAUCAGAAGACAUCAUGAUUGUCUCCACAAGUUAGAAUCAAAGAAAAAAAAACAAAAAAUGUUUCCUGGUGGAGUCUCCAACUCAUGAUGAUUGUUGAUAAGGAGAUUAUCAUGCUCUUUCUCACGCCUCUCAUCUCGAGGAAGAAAGAUAGCUCUUCAUCUUCCUCUGUCAUCAUAGAAGCCCUAAGCUGUUGUCUCUGCCUCUGCUGAAUAUCCAGCAAUAGAGACUCAUGUGCCCUAAAGGUUCAAUUCAUCUCUCAACCAAAUUUACAGAACACUAAGAGUCCUAUCUCUAUUUUGAUAUUCUUUUGUUUUAAAAUAUUGAUUGAAGAAUUUAAUUUUUCUUCUACCUGAUCAAUGGAUUUCAAAUUGCUUUUCUUCAAUCCAUCUGCCUCCCAUCCCAUGGAAACAUCUUUGUCUCUGGAAAUAUGAAUCCCGUGAACUAUUUUCUUUUUUUACAUCUUGGGCAUUGGUUAUAGGUUAAACCAGUUAAUAUACUGAUUAAUGAUUAAUGUAAUUUAAUUAGAAUUGAUUAAUGAUUAGUGAUAGUUUAUUUUAUAAGGAAUGGUCUAUUUUAAAAUAUCACACAUGAAAAAAAUCAUGACUUCUGUUUUAAUAUAUAAGAUAUGAAUACACGUCUAGACUAAUUUGGUUCGAAAAGUUAUACCAGAAAUUCGAGUUUUGUUGAUGCUUAACCGGAAUAAUACACGGUUCGGUUAGAAAUAGAAAAGAAAACACCAAGACAAAGUCAAUGGUCAAUGAGAUGAAUUACGAAUACAAGUUUCCAAGAGCUUCAUAUUUUUAACACAAGUAGUCAUCGUCCACACAUAUACAUAUAUAUAUAUAUAUAUAGUCUUCAUCUUGUUCCCUUCUAAGAAUCAAAUCAUAAGAAAGAUUCAAUCGAUGAGUGUGGUUGUGGCUAUAGUGUUUGGAGCGUUUCUCUUGCUAAUGUUCAUCCUAUGGCUCAUCCAUUUUCUCUACCAUAAAGGUAAGCUAGACGUGGCAACAAAAGCAGCUAUAGUUCCGCAGUAUGAUUGAAUUUAAUCGAGAUUGUGACAACAUGCAAUUUUGAUAUUUAUGUGAGAUGUAUAUUUACUUUUGUAGGAAAUGAUUGUAUAUGAGUCUAGGAGGGUGUUCCUAGUUUUACAUGACAAUUUUAGUUCGAUGUCGUAAUUUAAUGUUAUUUUUAUGUAUUUAUAUAUAGGUAUGUUUGCUUAUUCUUUUUAUGUAUCUAACUAAUAUAUAAAAGGGAUUGAAGGAGAGAUUUGAAGCUGUCCACGUCACCUAGAAAAAUCAUCCAAUCAGAUCACACUUUUUUGAUAUGUCAUGCAGGUUUCGUAUGGGCUAUUUUCACACUUUCGUAUGGGCUCUGAUUUAUUAUUAGGCCCAUCAAUGAUAGUACAUCUGCAUCUUUCGGAGUCGAUAGUCUCCCCCCCCCCCGAGACCCUUCCACUUCAUCUUCUCCAAACGUCUGAUCUUUCCCCGUUACCUUCACAAUCAAUGACGCUGUUAAAGCUAUUCUUCAAUUGUGUGAUCCAUCUCUCCUUGAUACUUCUCUUAUUCAAAUCUAUGUCUCUUAACCUAAAUCCAUCCUAAAUAAAAAAAACUUAAUCUGGAAAAACUACACCCAUGGCGAUGAAAUCCACCGCAAAGUCUCAGCUUACCACCGGAAAAGCUUCCGUCGCCAUGUAUUUCAACGACAUCUCACCAGGACGAUCUGAGUCACAGCUUCGAUUCCGGCUAAUCCACUUUUGGGAGGCAAGAAACAUAGCCAAAGCUCGGGCCUUUCUUGGCUUAGAGCUCCUACUCAUUGAUGAACAUGGGACUGUGAUGCAAGGUUUUAUAUCCUCUAAUCGUGCUGAAACAUACCGGCCUCAUCUCAAAGCAGGAGCUACUUACACUCUUCAGAUUUUUUUUGCCACCAGAAGCAAGGAGAUUUAUCGUGUUGCUGAUCAGAGUUUAACAAUUUCAUUCUCCAACGGCUCUGUUCUCGCUCCCCUUGACGACGAUGACAUACCCGUCUCUGUCUCUUUCCCGGCAGACAGGUUCAGGUUCCACACACAUGAUGAUUUCCAAGCUAACCGUGGACUCAGGGGCGACCUCUACGAUGUCGUUGGCCACUUGAGGCUGGUGAAUGGACAGUCUCUCAUUGACCGCCCCGUCCUUGAUGAGGCCGAAAUAAUCAGCAUGCGUCAUGUUUUGGUACAUUUGCAGACGAAAGAUGGAGCCGUUAUGAAGCUGUACCUUUGGGACCAGGCUGCAAAAGAUUUUUACAAGAAAUUCACAUCCAGUGAAGACACUAAUCAAUUUUUCCCAUGUCAUAACCCACCCACUGCAAAUACAAGCGUUUCCUGUUUGCCUCAUUAACUCUCACUUGGGUCAAUGCUCUUCACGCAACCUCUAUGUUAAUGCUUGAUAGUUUCAGAAAAGAAUUAAGUUGUGUUUGGUUGCUCAUAUCUCAUUAGUUUAGGCUCCUGUCUUACGUUGAGUUAUGUUGUGGUUCAGAUAUAUGUGGUCAUCUUCUCUCUUUGAAGUUUCAGCCAUUCAUGAAACAGUAUCAUUAACGUGUGUGUCUGUUUUAAUGUGGCAACCAAAAACAGGUAAUUUAGCUCUCAGCUAUGUUACAUGGAAACGGAAGCGGGUACGUGGAAGCGGAAGCGUAUGGAAGCGCAGAAGCGAGAUUUUUUAAAAAAUUAGGAAGCGGAUACGUGUUGGAAGCGUAUCCACAUAUAUAUAUAUAUAUGAAUAUAUAUACAUAUGUAAGAUUAUUUUUUAAAAUCUAAAACUAAAAAUUAUAUGAUUUAAAUUUAAAAUAAAGCAUUUAUUCUUAUAAUAAUUUUCAAAUGACUUCAUAUUUAAACUGUGAAAAUACACAUAAAUUAAAUUAAAUAAUAUUAUAUUAUAUUUUUUUAAUUCCUUAUAAUUAAUUGACAUAAUAUAUUUGAAUAUAUGAUUUAUCUUUAAUAAAAACCUCAAUGCAUAAAGAUAAUUUAUAGUAUUAGUUUUAAUAUUUAUAUAUUCUUAUUCUCUCUAUUCAAUACUAUUAAAAUUUGGAUUAUAUAUAAAUUAA